AUUUUUUAUAAAUUAUCCAACAAAAUUGGAAGAGAACAACUAAACUCAACUCCUUCCUUUCUCUUUCUCCCAACUCAACUCAAUAAUGGCGCUCUCUCUUUCUUCCUCCACCAUUUCCGACCGCACCACUCCUUUACCAGCUCUUUCUUCUUCCUCCUCUUCCUCUUCAACACUCUCUUUUUCGUCUUCUCUCCAUUUCCCCCUCCACCUCCGCCGCUUUCGGAUUGGACCCAAAGGGGUUUCUGCUCCCUCCUCCAGGACUCCACUUCUUCCACUGGUUAGAGCCAAGAAACAAACAUUUUCCUCGUUCGAUGAUUUGCUCGUUAACUCAGACAAACCUGUGCUGGUAGACUUCUAUGCAACCUGGUGCGGCCCUUGUCAAUUUAUGGUUCCCGUUCUCAACGAAGUCAGCGCUGAGCUGAAAGAUAAAAUCCAAGUGGUUAAAAUUGACACUGAGAAGUACCCAAGCAUAGCUAACAAAUACAAGAUAGAGGCAUUGCCUACUUUCAUCAUAUUCAAGGACGGGGAGCCUUUCGAUCGCUUUGAGGGUGCUAUGCCUGUUGAACAGUUAGUCCAACGAAUCGAAAAUACUUUGAAAAUCAAACAAUAGCGGAAUUUUGAGGGUACUCUGAUGGGAAACACUUGAUUUGAUCAGUGAAGAAUGCACAGAAACUAUUUUUUCUUCUUUCCUUUUUCCCUUUUGUUAUUUGAACUAUUUUUCUAAUAUUUACAAAUUGAUUGUGUGAUCAUACCAGAUAUAUAGUAGAAUUUAUUUUUUGAUA